CAAUGACAUUCGGUACAAUAGAAGGGGUCACUGUAAUACAGGCGGCCGUGAUUUAGCCCUAGCGCAAAUGCGCGAAGCGGCUGUAGUAGCAAUUAUGACAGCUUUUAAAUAUGUUUCCAUGUUAAUGAAAGAAGCAGUUAGUCUCGAGCGCAAAAAUUAUUUUACUGGACGGUUGUACGUCUUUUCGAAAUUCAUCAAUGUUUCUGUUUUAUUUGACAGCCAACACAGCUCGUAUUUUACCGUUUAAUCUUCGUUUAUUGACAUUUUUUCUCUUUUACCAGCACCGACUGACAAUCAUUUUUAUCACCUACAAAUUUAUUACAUUAACGUUAUCGCUGCACAGAGAUUUCGUACUGCACGAUAAGCCCUGAAGUUCCGACGGAAUUGUUGUGGGUGUUGGAACUGGAAGUGAAAGUGAAAGCAGAUGUUAGGUGUGCGAUGUUAGAUGUGUCAAAUAACUCGACCAGCCAAGAAGCGCGACGUGUACGAGUUGAAAUGACAGUCCAAUAGUGCAGUGAAAGCUGUCAGUUAUAUUUUACGGCGCUAACUUCUGGAACAGGAGUAACUGUUGACACGUUUUCCCUUCCUAUUUAAUGAGUGAAUAUAAAGAAUGAAGCCGAUUAGUGAUAACACAAGGAGAUAGUGGCUGGGCAGAAUAAGCGAUUCAUCAGAGUUUUACGUGUUGUUAAAGACACCACAUUUUUAUGUGUCAUUUGAAAGAAUUAAGACUCAGAUAUAAAAUAGUUACUAGAAGAGACGAGAAACUGGAACUAGUGGAUACUGUGUUUUAUAAGAAAUAUUCAGCGUAGAUCCCGGUUGUUGUGAUUAUAUUACUAAUUUUAUCAGGACAUCCUGAAACAGUAUGUUUUACGGAGGUACAACAGUGAAUGAUGCGACGCAACAUAAGAAGCAUCUGCCGAUUCCUGCUGUCGGCUGCUGCAACAGUGGUGCUGACAGUUUUGGUUUUUAGACUCAUUCGUCAGAAUGAAAUCAUGACACCCAGACUCGAAGCUCAUGGUGCAGAGCCACUGCCGCCGCAGGCUCAACAUUUGGUGAAUAAUAAAGGAGCUGCUGGUGCAUCUGAAAAAAUUGAUUGGCAUGAUUACAAGCAAAUUGAGAGAGAUGCCUUACGCAAGGGAAUUGGUGAACACGGGAAACCAGCAAACCUUAGUCCUGAAGAGUCCGCACUUAAAGAAUCUCUGUACAGAGAAAAUGGUUUCAAUGCUCUCCUCAGUGAUAAGAUUGCUCUGGACCGAGCUUUACCUGACAUUCGCCACAAGGGGUGCAAGUCAAAGAAGUACUUGAAAAAACUUCCCACAGUGAGCAUCAUUGUUCCAUUUCAUAAUGAACACUGGAGCACACUUCUGAGGACUGUCGUCAGUGCGAUCAACAGAUCUCCCCCAGAAUUACUCAGGGAGAUAAUACUUGUUGAUGAUUUUAGCUCUAAAGAGCAUUGCAAAGAGAAACUUGAUAAAUACGUAGCUGAAAAUCUACCCAAAGUCAAAGUUAUUCACUUACCUGAAAGAUCUGGUCUUAUUCGGGCACGUUUGGCUGGUGCAAGAAAAGCAACUUCAGAUGUUCUUAUUUUCCUUGACUCACAUACAGAAGCUAAUGUUAACUGGCUUCCACCUCUCUUAGAACCAAUUGCAGAAGAUUAUCGUACUUGUGUCUGCCCUUUCAUUGAUGUCAUUGCAUAUGAAACAUUUGAGUACAGAGCUCAAGAUGAAGGAGCUCGUGGUGCUUUUGACUGGGAGUUUUUCUACAAGAGGCUGCCACUUCUACCUGAAGAUCUAAAACAUCCAACAGAACCUUUCAGGAGCCCAGUAAUGGCUGGAGGAUUGUUUGCUAUCAGCUCUAAAUUCUUUUGGGAACUGGGUGGCUAUGAUGAGGGACUUGAAAUCUGGGGAGGUGAACAGUAUGAGCUCUCUUUCAAGAUUUGGCAGUGUGGUGGACAAAUGGUAGAUGCACCAUGUUCUCGUGUGGGCCACAUUUACAGAAAGUUUGCUCCAUUUCCUAAUCCAGGGAAAGGCGAUUUUGUUGGAAGGAAUUAUAGGCGUGUUGCUGAAGUAUGGAUGGAUGAAUAUAAAGAAUAUUUGUAUAAAAGAAGACCUCAUUAUCGAAAGAUUAAUCCUGGUGACCUCAGCAAACAAAAGGAACUCAGGGAAAGAUUGCACUGUAAGCCAUUUAAGUGGUUUAUGGAGGAAGUUGCAUUUGAUCUCCCAAAGAAGUAUCCACCUGUUGAACCACCAGAUUUUGCUUAUGGAGAGAUACGUAGUGUGGCUGCACCAGAGUUAUGUGUUGAUACAAAUUUUGUUGGAACUGAAAAACCAUUUGGUUUGAAGGAAUGUGUGAAAGAUCGGAAAAAUGCCAAAGGACAGCAGAACUUCACAUUGACGUGGCACAAGGAUAUUCGCCCCACUGGACGGACUGUGUGUUGGGAUGUAUCUAGUACUGAGAGUAAGGCCCCUGUAACCCUCUACGGUUGCCAUGGUUUACAGGGGAACCAGUUGUGGAGGUAUGAUCCGGUGAACCAGUGGCUUGUGCAUGGAGGAAAUCCACGGUGCUUGGACUGUGAUCCAGGUAGUCUAAAAAUGUAUGUUACCAAGUGUGAUGGUGCAUCUUUAACACAGAAGUGGAGGUUUGAAAACAUUGAUUUCAAAGCUUUAGCAAAUUGGGACAAUGUUGGGCCUCAUUGAAUUUUGGUAAUACUCCUCAUCAAUUUGUUCUCAUGAGUCAUAUAAAAAGAAAAGAAGCUAUAUAAUCGAUAUUUGACACAGCAGUGUGAACUUGAAAAGUAUAUACAUUUUAAUUAAAUAAUUAGUGUGUUACAUUCUGUGUGGUCUCUUUUCACAUGGUAAUAGGUUGACUUUACUUCAAAUAGCUAGCCUGACAAUUUCAUUGUUUAUUGACACUGGAUUUAGUUUAAAUGUUUACUAAUUGUAUGAAAAUGAGGACAACUUGAUGAUUAGUAAUGUACUGGAGAUGGAAACUAUGUAAAUGUAAUUAUUUUCAGUUUUCAACUGUGAACUCAAUGGGUGUGCUUGUUGUCACUUGCUUACAAAACAUAUACUGAAGAAAAUAAGUAGCUUGCAUGAGUGCAUACGUGUAUCAGUUCCUUUUUCUAAAGUGCUAAAUAAAUUGACAUGUUCAUCUUCUGCAUGAGUGGCACUAUUGAUGUUUGAUCUCUAAAAGACUGAUAGCCAUUGAUAUAAUUACUAAUGAAGGGUGCUCAAUUUUGCAUUUAUUUAUUUUUAGUCUCAGCUAAAAGGUUUGGAUGCUGUUUUCUCUUUCUGCAUAGGGUAAAUAAUUUUGUACUGUUGGGGUGUAAUUGUUCUGGGAUUUACAUGUAUUUUUUUGUUUUGGUAAAUGUGUGCAGCUUCAUGUUUGAAAACAGAUUUUGUAAUCUAUCCAGCUACAAUUUAUCAGUACAGAAAAUGUGCUGUUGCCAUACAUUACAUAUUGUAAAAGUGAAAGAAGUAUCCGGCAAGAAUGAAGAAGCCACAUUCUGUACAGAUGCUUUUCACAAUGCUAGCAGAAACAUGUAGAAGUAGAACUGCAUAUGUGAAUGUAUUGUUUUGACCUUUUUAUAUACUGUACAAAAUGCAUAUCUUGUCAUUUUGGUGUCAUGCUAACUUACUGUUUCCUCCUGGUUUCUAAUAACACUAUAUUUUCUUCUGUUUGAAUCCCAGUGCAUGUUUUGGUUCAAGAAACAUAGGCUCAGUUGUUACUUUUCUGUUUCUGAUUUUUUUUGCUACCAACAUAUUAACUUCAUCUCAAAUAUUUAAUCCUAGCCUGUUUACUGUAAAUUGUAUGAAUGGAAGAAAGCAAAUUUACUGUAAGAGUACUUUUUGAUGUCUGUGACACAUGAAUUUGACACAAAAAACAAUGGAUCAGUUUGCCAUUUAUUUGCUUACAACUUUCUUUAACUGAUUGAUAUGAAUGUGGUAUGAAUCCUAUAGUCAAGUUUUGUAAUUGAUUUGUCAGACAGCUAGGUAUUUCCAAUACAGUUAUCAAUUUUUGUCUUCAUUCCUAAUAGUAUGUAAAUGGUUCAUAUAACUGCUCUUAAUAACUACAGUUAUUGUUUGAUUCAGUUUGGUAAAUGGUACACAUUGGUACCAAAACAUAUUAAUUUUGAAACUGACAUAGUUUUCUUUGAGUGAACUACUUCAAUUUUUACUGAGAGAGAAACUCAGAGAAUGUGUUAACCAGUAUGGUUGAGGGAGUCCCACAUUAAUAAAAUUAAAUAUGGGAAAUCUGAUUUAAAAUAUCUGCAUAAUGUAUCUAACUUUCCUUAAUUUAUUCUUGUCUUUUAUAAUAUAUAUUGAUUAAGUGGCGCAGGCUGCUGUUUUUCCCCAGGUGUCAGCUUCUUCUCCUAAUGGUAUUUUUCACUCAACAGUUCAGAUUCUUUUAUAAUUUUAUACAGUAAGGGAGCUAAUAGACGUGGCAACAUUAAACAUGGGCUGGAACAUAGUAUUUAUGAGAGUACUAAUGAACACCAAAUAGCAGAGACACUGAUCUUUGGCUAGAUUGGAUGUAGGGGGAAUGGAAGGUGUGUGCUGUGGGAAGUGAGAGGAAUAGGACAAGAUAAAAGAUAGGGUCAGAAAAGAUAUUAUUCGAGUGGAACAUGUGAGUGCAUGUAAGGCCAUUGUAGGGAACUGCUUAGAGAAACAUUCAGAACAAAGGAGAGAAUACGGAGGGGCAGUGAAAGAUCUGUCAUACUCCAAGGAUAAAAUAAUGAUUAGUUACAAGUGAUGAUGCAGUGUGAAGUAGAAAAGUGAAAAGUGAGUGGGAGGUUUGUGUGGGAAGGCACUUAAUCAGUCCCUCCUACUAUCGCCCCACCACCUCCCCCUGCACAGUCUGUUUUCCUCAAUACUUCUGCUAUAAUACAACUAUUAUUAUCAUCAUAUAUUCUAAAGAGAAAAAUCAUGAAAAUAUAUUUUGUGCCAAGGUUUAAAAUUUAAGAAACAUAAAGAGCUUGAAAUAAAUGCUUUUUAAUUUAUUGUUUUUUAUAUACGCAAUGUUGAGAUAAGAUGAUAGUUCAUAAAGUGUGGUCACUAGUGCAACAAAAGAGUUUUGCAUAGAGAUACAUUUCCUUUUAUCCAAAAUCUCUUUUCUUAUAUCUGACUUGAGAGCUGGAUGUUAUGUGAAGUCCUCUCCACUUCCAUUUUAUGUGCCUACUGCAAAAUCCAUGUCCAACUGAGUUUGUGUCCUGUUGUCACUGAAUGGUCUGUAGGUGUAAUGGUGACUUAAAAUUGUCCCCCUUUUCCUUUUUGUGUCUUUUCUCGUAAUAAGAAGUCCUCAGUGUUCUCUCUCUCUCUCUCUCUCUCUCUCUCUCUCUCUCUCUCUCUCUCUCUCUCUCUCUCUCCCCCUCCCUCCCCCUCCCUCCCUCCCCCUCUCCCCCAAGAUAGAAAAUGGCAAAAUAGUUUCUACUUUGGUAAGCAUUAUCAUAAUUCACACUUCUUUUCUCAUGGAAAGUAAAAAUGACAAACCCUAAAUUAGGAACCACAUACCAUACUGAAGUUUCAGAAAAUUUUAUUCAAAAUGUUACGAAGCUUAUAACAGAUGAAGAUGCAGUCUUAUAUUUUAGGAUAUUGCUGCUUGGUUUGAUUAUAAAUUUCUGUUGUAUGGUAGAUGAUAAAUUUUUACUAAUAACCAGCAUUUCUCCAUUUGUAAUCCUCAUAUUUUUAUUCAAUUUCUAUAGAAUACCUUCUUUGGAGCCCACGUCUUCAUUCACUAUGUCUUCAAACCUGAUAUUAUUCUCUGUGUGUAUAAUGGUCAUUUGACUCUAUGUUGAAUGUUAAGAAUUUUCUUCUUAGGCUGUUUGCCUCUCCAUGUUGGCUUUGUUCUUCUCAUAAGAUCUCUUACCUGAGGCGUAAAGAAAUUCUGAACUCAGUUCAUUUUCUAUACUUUUCUCUCAUUGUACUAUCAUCUUACUGGUACAUAAAAAUGAUAAUAUUAUAUGUGUAAUUUUGUGCUAGAUCUUUCUUGAAACUCAAGUUUUUCAUAUAUGAACAUUGCGUAUGCAGCUAUCUUGCAGUCUCUCUAACUUCCCAUUCUCCAGUAUUAUACACUUACACAUGCGAAGACUUCCCUCUCAUUCAUUAUCUGCUUUGUAUUCUCAUGACACUUUUCCUUUAAAACAUAGUUACUGGUACAUGCUUCAUUAUGAGUUAUUUAUAGUAAGGUUCCAUCCACUUCGAGUUCAGUACAUUUUGAUACCUGUUGAGCAGAAACAGACACCAUUUAUUGAUAUUUUCCUAGUAAGAUAUACCAGUUUGAGGAGAUACUGCCAGCAACUGUACCUGUGCAUACUAUUUUUUCUAUAGUGCCUUACCGUACAUUGUAUAGUGGAAACAAACUGACUGUUACACUCUAAAUUCUGCUUAUCAUUUGUAUAUUUUUGGUAAAUUGAACAUCAAGGACAUCAUUAUAAAAAGAAAGAUGUUGUUAUUGUAAUGUUUUCAGUGAAUUAUUUGAACAUCUGAGCAUAAGAGUUUCUAUAACUUGUUGUAAGAGAUGUCAUGUAAUUGAUGUUCUUAGUAUUGAUGAAUGCUUGUUUACUAUUGAUCUCAAAAUGGAAACAAAUAUGUAACAUUUGUAAAUACACUGAUGGAAUACACUGAAGAACAUUCAAAUCCAAAGCUGGUUACAAGAUAAAGGCAACAGUAUUUAAUAUUGAUUAAAAUAAAGAAUGCAUUUGACAUGUAUAACAAUAUUUUAGUAGCAUGUAGAGCAACUCCCUAAUGUAUCGUGCAAAGCAAAUAAUCCAUUGUGCAAUAUCUUGCACAAAUGUCUCCUUGUUGCACAUUUUGGCAUGGCAGGUUGACUGUUGUUCGUGGGCAUAAAUUGGAGGUUAGGUGUCGCCCAACUGUGUCUCAUCAACUCAAUAGAGCCAGGGACCAGGGUAGAAGUAGUACAUCUAUGUCUACAUCUACAAUCAGGAAAGCACAGUGAAGUGCAUGGCAGAGGAUGCUUCCCAUUGUACCUCAUGUUAAGGUUUUGCCCUGUUCUAUUCAUGUGUGUGGCAUGGGAAUAAUGACUUCUUAAAUGCUUGUGUACACAUUGUAAUUAGUGUACUGUUUUCAUUGUGGCAGUCUGUGAAAAGCAUAUUGUAGCACUGUUGCAGUAUUGGGAUGCUACUGAAAGAUUGUCACACAAGGUCCAGAUAUUGUUGAAGGAUGGAAGCAACAGGAUACUGGAUAAUGUAUCAUUUUCUGCUCAAGGUAUUUAGGAUAUAUAUCUAAUUCCAUAUGAUUUUCUAAUUUACUACUUAAUUACUAGUGUAUGGCUUGAAUGCUGGGUGUGAACAUAAGUUUUCCUAGACACUUUAUGCUGACUUGGAGAUGAACGUGAUGUCACUUUGAAACUUCCAUUCAUUUUUCCAGAUAUAUUAUUGUUGUUGUUGAAAUAAUGUCAAAGGAAAACAUGCUAGAGGAAUGUGAUGAUGUAGAUUCACUUCCACCAAGCCAUUAUUUGUUGUUCAUGCCUGUAGCAUGAUGUCAAGAGAAAGGUUCCAAUUAAAUGUGAAAAUACUGGCUCACUUCCAGAAACUGAGUGUUAAUAAAUGUGCAAAUGAACUGAUGUCAAGAGCAUAAGUGGAAAAAAAAACUUACUGUACAUCAUUAAAGCAUACCUUUGAGGGGCAUGGUGACUGUGAGAUUUCUCAGUUUCAGUCCAGUAGAUUGGGAGGCCCUUAUGACCCUCUUAUACAGACUUUUGUAAUGUAUUGAGACUGCACUGAUAGGUUUUGGCUGUUGUGAGAAGUUUCUGUUUCCCACUAUUUCGAGCACUGAUUCCUCACAAACCACAUGUUUUGUUCUUGUGCUCAGUAUUUAACUGUCCAUCUGCAACUCCAACACUUGUCCAUGCUCAAUGCCACAGAGUGUAGAAUAGACACUUUUUGUUGCCUUCUUGACAUUGCAGAGGCAUAUGUGAUCUGUGCACAAUGGAAAUGCGGACUUAGCUGGUCUCUUUGUGUAAUUAGGCACCAUUAAAUAAAGGGCUUUGUUGCAUGUUGUCAUGUCACUCCGUUCCAUGUACGGCAAGUAUCAAAAACUAAUUGCUGCACCUCCUGUGCACACAUAUUAUCUGUUUCAGAACUAUUUUAUAUUGGGUGAUGUUCUUCAGUACAUUUCCAUUUGUGUAUAACAGCAAAAUCAGUGUAGAAAAUGUUUACUAUUUAGUAUGACUAUUUCAGUCAUGCACACAAAUUAUUAUACUUCUGUGAUCACUGUUGUCUUUAAAAUACUAUGAAUGCUGUUUAUAUGAGAGAAACAUUGGGAAAAAAUGAGAAGAAUCCAUUUCACAAUUUCAUUGUGAUCAGUUUAUGAAAUCUCCCUAUUUUAUUUUAUACCUCUAUCCAACUGCGUCAAAAAGAUGGACCAAAUUCUAUAUUGCUUAUGUCUAGUAUUUAAGUGGUGCUGUCAGCAGAGAAUAAUCUGUGAUAUGUUAUAUGGAUUAUAUUCCACAGUAUUGUUAUUGUCUUAUUCUGAGUGUGAUCCUUUGAUGUUUCACAUUUAUAAAUUCUGUUGUGAUGUGCUAAUUCAAGCAGAAAAUAAAGUAACAAAUAAAAGAUGA